GGAAGAUCAGGAUAGGGGGAGAGAAUCAAUGAACCUGUCCGUUGGCGUUGCGAUUGCGCGGGAGAUUCCACUAGAUUUCCGGCGAGAAACCGGUGGAGCAAUAGCAGUCGCUACUAAGAGAGUCAGUGAGGACGGCGACGGCUGUGGGGUACGACGCCGUCGUGCUUCACUAAGAAUGGUGGACAGGCAGCUAGCCAAGGGCAACUUCAAAUUGGCCCUUUCUUUAGUAAAACAGUUGCAACGACAACCUCCUCCAACUGGUCUUCGAGGCUUUGCUGCUGCCAAACAGGUACCCCGAAGAGUGUUGUCAGUAGAGGAAUUGGAUCUCAGUGUGACAGAAAAAUCUGCUCUUCAGUCAUUACAUGAUUCCAUCCUUGAUUCAAUCAAGAUUAACCUUCAAUCAUCACCAUUGGAUGAGCUUUCUGUAACUUGUAAGGACAAUGAUUUAAACCUUGAAGAUGAUAUAAUCCAACACAAUUGAAGACAAGUGGUGCUGCAUGAAGCUGGUCAUUUUUUAAUUGGCUAUAUGCUUGGUGUUUUACCAAAAACAUAUAAAUUUUCAAUGAUGGAAGAUGUGAAGCAAGAUGAAGUUGUUGAUGCGAGUGUCAAGUUUGUUGGCUUUGAGUUUUUGAGAGAGUUAGAAGAUGAACUACCAUCAAAGAAAACGUUGCAUGAUGUGAAGCCAAGUCAUCGGGACAAUAAACGCAAGUUGUCCUCUACAGUGAGUUAUUUUUUUAUCUUGAUGUUCUUUUUGUUGUGAAAUAGUUCCCUUUACAUUUUCGGCAAAACAUAGUUUUCUUAAUGAGGAUGAUGAGGGCACUCAUGUCUUUUGCACAUACAAUAGAUAGGCCUAGCAGUUCUCGACACGACCCGUGACACGAUACGGAAUAAACGGGUUUGGGUUGAGUUUUUCAACCCGCCAACCCGUUUAUUAGACAGGUCAUAUAUGAGUUUCUCAAAAAAUAUACAGGUUGACCCGCCAACCCGUUUAGAACUUUAAUAAAAAAUUUAUGUAUUUUCUUAAGUGUAUCAGGACUUAAGUAUUAUACAGUUUAUACACUAGGAUAUGAUGCCAUUGACACGUUUGUAUUAAUGUUUUAGUUUGUACAUGUUUCUAUGAAUUCAGAUAUGUUUGCAUCAAUGAUUUAUUUAUAUUUAAUUGUUAAUUUUAUUUAUGGAAUCUGACCUACGAACCCACGAACCCAAAUCUGACCCACAAACCCACCAACAAUAAGUGGGUUGACAUCCCACCUUGUUGUACUCUUUUGGGUGGGACAAGGCCAUGGUGUUCUUACUUAUUGAACAAACAUGGCCUACUUUUCUUCUCUACUUCUAUUGUGCUUUUUUAAUUUCAUCAUGUGACUUAUAUUGAUCGGUUUGAUUAUCCUUAGGUAUUAAGCAAGUUCUUAUGUGUGAUUGUUGGAGGCUUAGUAGCAGAGUAUCUUACGUAUGGAUACUCAAAAGGACAUCACGGUGACGUGGAGAAAGUAUGUUCUUCAUGUUUCAUCUCAUCUUAUAGAAGAGCUUAGGGUGCGUUUGGUUGUGGAAAACUGUUUUCAUUUUCCAAGAAAAUGUUUUCAGAAAAUAGAGUUGGGUUUUUAUUUUCG